CUACAAUCCCCCAAAGCAGAAAGGUAGGCCUUGGUAGGGAGACCUCAGGGCAGCAGCUAAAGGGAAAGCGGGUGGCUCCCAGCUCUAAAUCUAUGAUGCCUGCAUAGGAGAUGGAACAUCGGCUAUGAGAAGCAGCUAGUGGAGUUAUUUUGCCUGAAACUGUGUGGGAAGGGCCCUCCCAGUACUGAGUCAAGCAACACAGCCCUCUGACCCACCCUGACUCAACCCUUCCCCUCAUCCCAUGCCCCCUAAGAUCCCACCAGCCCAAGUCAAGAUGAAUAACAACAACAGCUUUUGCAUCUUUGAAGACCGGGUCCUCUGCCCCAUCUGCCUGGAAGUGUUCCAUAACCCAGUCACCACAGCUUGCGGGCACAACUUUUGCAUGAACUGCCUCCAGGACUACUGGGACCACCAGGCAGCCAUGGGGGAAACACCUUACUGCCCCCAGUGUCGGGAGGUCUUCGCCUCCAGACCCCACCUAAGAAAGAAUGUCAUCUUAGGAGAGAUCGUGGCCUGUUUCACCCAGAACCAGACUCCAGCGCCAAACAGAGCAGUGGCCGGGCCUGGUGAUAUCCCUUGUGACUUCUGUUCCCCAGAAAAGCUCAGAUCGGUCAAGUCUUGCCUGCAGUGUGCAGCCUCCCUCUGCGAGAAUCACCUGCGCACUCACUACGAGGACCAGGUCUUCCAGGGUCACCGUCUUCUGGAGCCUAUCUGGGAUCUCAAAGCGCAGCUAUGCCGAAAACACCGGAAACUUCAGCGGCUCUACUGCCGGACAGAGGGUUGCUGCGUGUGUGGGGCCUGCCUGCUGGAGGAACAUAAGAAUCACGAUACCAUCCCACUGGAGGAAGAGAGAGCCCUCAAGGAGGUAGAAGUCCGGAAAGUCCAGGCCAAUGUAGAGAACCAGAUGUUGAUCAUUGCAUCUGAUAGCCAGAAGCACCGUGGUCGGGUAGCUUUCCUCACGAAAUUGAUCCAGACAGUACGAGAGGAUGUAAACCGUUGUUUUGCGGACAUUGGGAGGGAGGUAAAGCGGCUGCAGGUGAAAGUCUUGGAGUUUGUGGAAAAGGAGGAGGCAGCUGCCCUGGGCCAGCUGGGCAGCUCUAUCCAACAAAGCCACAGUCGCCUCUUAGAACUAGAGGGUGAUAGUGUCUGGCUCCGGAGCCUGCUCACCAACCAGAGUGACCAGCAGUUUUUAGAGGAGUUCCCGAGGUUGAAGCGGUUCCCAGCCUGCACAGAGUCACUGCUGGGCACCACAUGUGAAGAAACAAACAGCUUUCCUCGGCUGUCCGAGAUCCUGGCUGAGCUGCGGGCCCAGCUGGCUGUAGUGGGCCUCCGCUUUGUCAACCAGCUUCUUCUAAAGGGAAUUAAGAUGCGUUCCUAUGAGGUGUUGCCCCCAGCAGUGGACAGAAAGAAUCUACUGAAGUGCUACUGCAACUUGAACUUUGACUCGGCCACGGCCAGCGAGGAGCUGUUCCUGUUCAAGGAGACCCACUCGGUGCUGAACCUGGGCAUCCUCCUAGAGCCCUACGCUUCAGGCCCUUUCCCGGGGUUCAACCAGUGGCCCCAGGUGCUGUGCACCCGAAGCAUGGCCGAGGGCCAGCACUACUGGGAGGCCGAGGUGUCCAACUCGUGGGUCUGCGUGGGCGUCACGUACAGCUGCAGCCCCCCGCCCAGCGGGCGACCCCGACGCAACAUCGUCUACCUGAUCGGCCGCAACAGCGCCUCGUGGUGCCUCGAGUGGGACUCGCUCAAAUUCUCUGUCUGGCACAAUAACACGCAGACCGUGCUUCAGGGGGGCUACUACCGCACCAUCGGCGUGGCCCUGGACUACCCGGCCGGCUGCCUCUCCUUCUACGGCGUGGCCGGGGGCAUGAGCCUCAUAUACCGCUUCCUCACCAAUUUCCUGGAGCCGCUUUACCCGGCAGUCAUGGUCAGCAGCGGGGCCUCCAUCACCCUCAAGCAGUACCCCGAGUCUUAAGUGGACAAGGGACGGUCGGAAGGGAGGGCCGCCCCCUCCCCACGCCGCCUCCCGCCGCCGCCCUCCCUCUUGGCCAAGGUCUCAAC